AUGGUCAAGUCGUCCCGGCGAGAAAUACAAUUAGACAAAUAUCAUUGUAAUUCAAAUAUGCAACAUACAUCUUCAACGACUUCACCAUUAAUAGAAAAUUUUCAAAUUUUACCCAUGUCAACAAAUACAAUCGGCGAUAGUUCAACGUCGAAUGACACGCAAUAUUCAUCGUUGUUACUUAAGAAGAAACUAGCGAUAUUUGACAAUACAUCAAAAAAUUCCACGGCAGAUGUCAACUUGUCAAAUGAGACGAUCACAAAUCCAAUAUCUUUAAUCAAGCCGUCUAGUACAACUUUAUCAAUCAAUGAGAAUGAAUCUGUCAAAAGCGCCAGUCGACGUCGUAAACCUCUUCGACCUUGGUCAUUAUCAGCACGUGGUGAAAGACCAAAUUCGAAUCAUGAUGUCAAUCAUUCGAUUGAGCCAAUUAGCGACGAGGAGGAAGAUAACAAAACGGAAAUGAAAUAUUCACCUGUGAAUCACGAAACAACAAAUAGUAAUCAAGAGGAAAGUGAUGAGCACGGUAUUGAAUGGCCAAAAUGUUUAUCAACAAUUGAAGAAAUCCUUAAAUUAUAUCGCGUCGAAGCAGAUGGUUCUGUCCAAUGUAUUCGAUGUGGUUCAAAUGCGAAUCAAGAUAAUUUACUUGAACAUGUAUCUGUUCACUAUCCAUACAAGUGCUAUUCAUGCGGAUUUUAUUGUGAUUCAUCGGCGAGUCUUGAUGAACAUAAUCGAACACAUUCACCGAACACUUUUGCAAAGUUAACAGCUGAACAGCCAUCCAUUUCUUCAUCAACUUCAAUUAAAUCAUCAGAAUUACUAAAUGGUUCAUCUACGAAUAACAACAGUGAAAAAUCGACUCCACCUAGUAAAGCCAAGGUUCAUCGAUGUCGACAAUGUUCAUUCAUUUCCAGUGUGAAGGAGGAUUAUUGGGCACAUCAUCGAGUACACAUACGAGCUGAUAAGAUACUUGAAUGUCCAAGUUGUCCAUUUGUAACUGAAUAUAAACAUCAUCUUGAAUAUCAUUUACGUAACCAUCUCGGCUCUAAACCAUUCAAAUGUUCAAAGUGUGACUAUGCAUGUGUUAAUUUAUCGAUGUUACGUUCGCACAAGAAAUCUCAUUAUCGUCAUCUUUUAUUUAAAUGUUCCAAUUGUUCCUUUGAAUCUAAACAGUAUCAAAUAUUACAAGAACAUCUUCAAAUUGAAGGACAUGAGCCUUAUGUCGAUGAAAAUAUCGAAGAAUUCCUAAAAGAAUAUUCUAAUGGAAUCAUGAACAAUAACACCAAUAGUAACUCACCACCACCAACCAUGACAGCAGGAUCAUCAGCGAAGAAUAACACUCGUCCAUCAGCUUCGAAGAAACGAAAAGCAGCACCCACAGCAACAGCACCUGUAGUCAAACGUACUUCUUCAACAUCAUCGAUUGGUUCAUCAGCUGCAGCCAUGUCACCAAUAUCUAAUGAUGAACAUCAAAUGGAUUCAUCGUCCACAUCAACAACAGUAGUACCAUCAACUGUGCCAUCAACACCGCUACAUGCAUGCAAAAAAAGUGAUCUAUUGAAUCGAUCGUUACUAGCAGGCGCAGCCAUUGAUCCUGCAACGAAAUUAAUGGAAUUAUUCAAUGGAAAAAUCGGACCGUUCAGCAAUGGACAGCUUAAUGAUUUCAUCGCUCCAUAUCAACAAUUUCUUACACAACAGAUCCAAUCCCAUUUGUCCUCUGCAAGUUCAUUAUCUUCGACACCUACUGGUGUUCAUUCCUAUCAUCUCGAUAGUAAUAACAAUCAUGCUCCACCUCCACCGUCGCUCCUCAACGGUGGUUAUUCAUUAUUGUCUUCAUGUAUUAAAACCGAAUCGAAUGAAAAUUAUCUUCCGCUAUCGAAAUCCAACGACACAAGCUUAAAACGACAACGAAAAGAACAAGUAUCAGCUUUGAAAUACUCAUCGGACGGUAGCAAUGAUAGUUAUGCAACAGAAUUAAUCAAUCGUCAUGAUCAACAGACUCAAGUCGAUGAAUGUCAAAUCAAACGUUUAUUCGAAUGUUUUCAUUGUGAGAUCAUUUUCAAAGAUUUCGCAAUGUACUGUACACAUAAGCAAUUGCAUUACUCACCUGACAAUCCAUUUCGUUGUGCACAAUGUGGUGAACAAAAAGCGAAUAAAUACGAUUUUUUUGUACAUGUUGCUCAACAAGCUCACGAGCUCACCUGA